AUGGCCCAAAGUUUCGACUUCCUCGUCGGCACAUUCAACACCCCUGAGCUCUAUACACUUAGAUUCACCCCUGGCUCAGCGUCCUCAAAGGACUCAUCGGGCGAUCUCCAGGUGCUUCAUUGCACCUCUGCCAUCGGGUCUCACUCCUGGCUCCAUCUCUCUCCUCCUAAGGAGGACGGAACCCGGAACCUCUACGCAACCGCAUGGACGGAGCCUCCCGCCGUAGUCGCCUACGUGGUCAAAUCGCCGACAGAUAUUCAGUUGCUAGGCAGUGCGCCAACUCGAUCUCGCAGUGGCUAUGUCACGGCCAGCGAAAUAGCUCUUUAUUCAGCAGGCGGGGCUACAGGAGAGGUCUUUAGCCUGGAUCCGAAGACCGGCAACAUUAUUCCCCCACCUGAAAUUGAUGGUGCUCGAGAAAACGGAGCGGCAAAGUCACCCAAAAUCCAGCCACUGCAACUUCUCUCCUUCACCCUUUCAAAACCACAACGGGAUGAUGGCAGCGUGAUGGACUUCGGAGGACUCCGUCACGGCGCCCAUUCCGCAGACCUGUCACCCGACGGCCGAGCAUUGUAUGUUGCAGAUAUUGGUCGGGACUGUAUCUGGACAUUUUCCGUCGAUCCUGGAACGGGAGCACUAACGCGAGCUGAGAUGCACAAAUCACCUCGUAGCGGGGACGGACCCAGACACGUCUGGCCCCAUCCGAGUGGGAAUUUCGUUUAUUGCGUACAAGAACACAGCAGCAUGGUGGACGUGUUCGCCACCACCAACAGGGGCGUGAAUCUGCUGCACGAACAGGGGGUGAGAAUUGUCCGUGAAUAUGACGAGCCGAGUGAUUUCUGGGCUGACGAGGUGCGCACGAGUUUGUCCUCGGGACGUAAACCGAAGUAUUUGUACGCAAGCGUACGGGGACUGAAAGAGGGGAAGCAAGGAUAUGUCGCAGUGUACAAAUUGACCGACGAAGGCAAGAUUGACACUUCGCUCGAGCCCGAUUACACCUACCGGCCUCCUAUGAGAAGCUACACAACUCUAAAGCCGGAAUCCCCCGAGUACAGGGGUUUGCUGAAGUUGUGGAAGACGCCUACAAGCGGCGGCUGGGCGAAUGCAAUCCAACCUGGUCCGACCGUGGACGGAGUGGAGUAUCUGGCGCUGACGGAUAGUGAGCAAGGAUUUGUCUUUGUCUUGGCCUGGGACGGGGACAAGAUUAAAGAGGCUGCGAGGACGAAGCUGGGCGACGGUGUGGGUGCGGCGACGGCGGUGUGGCUGUGA